GUUGCAGAUUAACGGUUGCUGCGUUUACAUCCAUUUUAAUUUUCCAAAAAAUUAAAACGAACAUCAAGAAAAUGACCAAGACCCGAGUGUAUGUUGUUGGUGUCGGCAUGACCAAGUUCGAGAAACCUGGUCGCCGAGCGGAUGUUUGCUAUCCAGACAUGGCCAAGGAGGCCGUGACCAAGGCUCUGCAGGAUGCCAAGAUUGAAUACAAAGAAGUCCAGCAGGCUGUUGUGGGCUAUGUAUAUGGUGAUUCUACCUGUGGACAGCGUGCGGUAUAUGAAGUUGGCAUGACCGGCAUUCCAGUUUACAAUGUAAACAACAACUGCUCCACGGGCUCCAGUGCGUUAUAUCUGGGCAAGCAGAUCAUCGAGUCUGGCAAUGCAGAUUGUGUUUUGGCUUUGGGCUUUGAGAAGAUGGAACGUGGCUCUUUGGCAGCCAAGUACUUUGAUCGCGCUAAUCCCAUGGAGCGUCACAUUACCGAAAUGGCUGAGUUAGCGGAAAUUGGAGCUGGUCCCAUGGCUGCUCAGAUCUUUGGCAACGCAGGCAAGGAGCAUAUGAAGAAAUAUGGCACCAAGCCAGAGCACUUUGGCAAGAUUGCCUGGAAGAAUCACAAGCAUUCAGUGAACAAUCCCUACUCGCAGUUCCGCGAUGAGUACACUCUGGAGCAGAUAAUGAAGUCGCCGCAAGUGGUGGAGGGAGUGCUGACCAAGCUGCAAUGCUGUCCCACCUCUGAUGGCUCUGGAGCUGCUAUUUUGGCCUCAGAGUCGUUUGUGCGUCGCCAUGGCUUGGAAAAGCAAGCAGUGGAGAUUGUGGGCAUGGAAAUGGCUAGCGAUCCAGCUUCUACUUUUGCAGACAAAAGUCUCAUGAAGAUUGCCGGCACCGACAUGACUCGUCUGGCUGCACAGAGACUGUUUGUUAAGAGCGGUUACAAGCCACAGGAUGUGCAGGUGGUGGAGCUGCAUGAUUGCUUCUCUGCUAAUGAGCUGGUGACCUAUGAAGCAUUGGGUCUCUGUGCUGAGGGCAAGGCUGGCGAAUUUAUUGAUCGUGGCGAUAAUACUUAUGGUGGCAAGUUUGUAAUUAAUCCCAGCGGUGGACUCAUCUCCAAGGGACAUCCUCUGGGCGCCACUGGCUUGGCUCAGUGCGCCGAGCUCUGCUGGCAGCUGCGUGGUCUGGCCGAGAAGCGUCAGGUGGACAAUGUGCAGCUGGCCCUGCAGCAUAAUCUGGGCCUGGGUGGUGCUGUGGUGGUUGCGCUAUACCGUUUGGGUUUCCCAGCUGCCAACAGCAUAAGACACAAUCUAACAGCGGCUGCUGCAAUAGCUACCAGUGAUGAGGGCUUCAAGGUGACGCCGCUGCUAAAACUGCUGGAGCAAGCUAUGCAAGAGGAUAAGGAUAAUCUGAUCGAAAAGGUGCGUGCGGUGUAUGGCUUCAGGGUCAACAAUGGACCCAAUGGACAGACAGGUUUCUGGGUAAUUGAUGCCAAGCAGGGCAAGGGCAAGGUCAUCUUUAAUGGAACACAAAAAUGUGAUGUUACUUUCAUAAUCAGCGAUGAGGAUGUGUUUGAGCUGCUCACUGGCAAGUUGCCGCCUCAGAAGGCUUUCUUCCAGGGCAAGGUCAAGAUACAAGGCAACAUGGGCUUUGCCAUGAAGCUAAUGGAUCUACAACGCUCAGCUCAGGGACGCAUUGCUGAGCUGCGAUCGAAGCUUUAAAUGUUACUUUGCGCAGCUUUUGAUUUUUUUAUAUUAAUAUUUUGUAUUAUUGUUAGCAAUUAAAUUGUUUUUAUACGCUUUGGCA